AUGGGAAGAAGAGCGUCAGGCUUCCAGGUGGAAUCCUUAGACGGGAAAAACAGCCUUCCACUUCCAAGUCUCGUCGAAUGCGACAAAAUACCCAACGACAGGUCCGGCAUCCCAACUCCUGAGGCAGCCCUCCACCACCCACAUCUGAGAAAAAUAGCUCACCUCAUCCCCACCGUGGAGCCUAAAACUCCUAUAAUGCUCCUUCUGGGGCGUGACAUUCUAAGGGUACACAAAGUGCGCCAACAUAUAAACGGCCCCCAUGAUGCCCCAUAUGCACAGAAACUGGACCUCGGAUGGGUCAUAGUUGGCAAUGUCUGUUUAGGGAAAUUUCACCCACCCACCAUAAUAAACACAUUGCAUACACAUAUAUCUGAUGGGGGACGCCCUACCCUUCUCAAACCGUGCCCGAACAGAUUCGAAAUUAAAGAGAGCUUCAGCAUCAGCAAAAGGCCAUACUCUACCGAGAUGGAAGACCACCUAUUUCAACGGACCAAGGACGACGAAAGGGCGGCGCCUUCUAUCGAAGAUAUUGCCUUCCUGAACAUCAUGGAGCUGGGAGCCGAGAAAGACAAAGACAACAGCUGGGUUGCUCCUCUACCCUUUAGAUCUCCCCGACGUCGUCUCCCAUAUAACAGGAAACUGGCAGAGAGUCGACUUUCUUCACCGAGACGUAGCCUCGAUAAGAAACCUGCGAUACAAAGACCCUUUACACGUAGGGGCGUUUUAUCGACCCUCAACAGUCUGUAUGACCCCUUGGGAUUUGCUGCCCCCGUCACCAUUCAAGGAAAGUUAAUCUUGAGAGAGCUAACCCAUGAAAACAGAGAGUGGGACUCACCUCUUCCUCAAGAAAUGCACAAAAUCUGGUCUUCAUGGAGAGACUCCUUGGAAGCGCUAAACGAGGUCCGAAUCCUAGGGCCUUCACAAACAUACCACUCUCAAAAAGCAGUACAUAAAGAGCUGCACAUCUUUUCCGAUACAUCGACCAAAGCCAUCGCUGCAGUGGCCUAUCUCAAGGUCACCGACGAUAAAGGAAACAACCAAAUUGGCUUCAUCACGGGAAAGCGAAACUUGCUCCACGACCCGAACAUUCAGUUCCCAGACUGGAGCUCUGUGCCGCCCUCCCGCAACCGAACUGAGUGA